AUGGCUCCAAAGAAACCUGGUAGUUGGAGAACGAAGAAGAAGAUGAAGCUCGAAGAUGAGCUGAAGAGUCUCCAGAACGAAUUGUCCGACACGAAGGAGAAGAUCCAGAAAGAAGAGGCGAAAAAGAAGGAGAUCCAGGCGAAGAAGAGGAAGAGCGAUGCGGAGUUCCGGCAUAAGAAGCAGCAGGAAUUCGAAACCAAGUACGCUGCCGAAUUGGACGCGAACGAAAUCGAAAUCGAGGAAUUAUCAGACAAAUACGACAACUUUGUUGAAUUGGAAGAACAAACGAAAGAUACGACAGUGAAAUAUCUGGGCAAGAUUGAUGAAGCACUAGAGAAGACGAAGUUCCACGAGAACAUGAUGCGGAAGUUCGCAAAGAACCCGAAUCACACGGGAGCCUCGUGCCCCGUCUGUUCCAACGAGUACCAUACGAUUCGGAUUCCACGUGUCCUCAGUUAGUUUGACACUCGAGUUAUAUCAACAUUUGAAAUGAUUGCAGCCUGUGGACACACGAUUUGCGAACUCUGCAUAAGGAAGAUCGACAAUGAGGAGAACAACAACAACGACACUCUCGGCGACGUUCGGUGCUGCCCGACGUGCCGAGUGCAGUUUGAGCACAAAUCCGGAGAGGAAUGGAAUCUGCCGCCCAACUACGCGCUUCUCUGA